GAAUACUAGAGUCAAUUUCCGACCACGUCUGAGAUAACCAACUCAAGGUUCCGGUCAGAUAUUGCAGUCAUAUCGAGCCAACAAUGAUCACAAAUUGAACAAGAAUCAAAGCUGAAAUUCAGAAAUGACGAUUUCUACAUUAGUCUCACUCUCUCCUUUCACUCUAUCCACAAAAACUCAAUUCCUUACUUCAACACCCACAAGGUCUUUCUCAUCUUCGAUUUCUCCAAGAAGAUUCCAUCAAAACACGACUCAAAGUUCAAAUCUUUUCCACCCUUUACGCCGUAACUUCACCAGACGCUGUUCUUCUUCUCCAGAUGGGUUUCUCAAAGAAGAGAAAGAAGGAAACGAAAGCAUCGAGCUUUCAUCUAUUGGCGCAAACCCAGUGAAAUUCGCGAUAUGCGUUGUGUUCUGGGCUUCUCUCUCUUUGCUUUGGUUCGCUAGGUCCGGCGACGCCAAAGCUGCUGCUGCUGACUCCAUCAAAUCUUCGAGCUUUGGUCUCAGAAUAGCCGCCACUCUCCGCCGGUUUGCUUGGCCGGACGAAGCUGUGGUCUUUGCUUUGGCUACACUUCCGGUUAUUGAGCUGCGUGGUGCUAUCCCCGUCGGUUAUUGGAUGCAGCUUAAACCGGUGGUUCUCACUUUCUUCUCUGUUCUUGGCAAUAUGGUUCCGGUUCCAUUCAUCAUACUUUACCUCAAAAAGAUGGUGACUUUCUUAGCGGGUAAGAGCCAAACAGCUUCCAAAUUACUUGAAGUAUUACUGAAAAGAGCUAAAGAGAAAGCUGGGCCUGUGGAAGAGUUCCAGUGGUUAGGACUAAUGCUCUUUGUAGCCGUUCCAUUCCCUGGGACAGGUGCUUGGACAGGAGCUAUAAUAGCAUCGAUCCUCGACAUGCCGUUCUGGUCUGCUGUCUCGGCUAACUUCUGUGGGGUUGUGUUAGCGGGACUGCUUGUGAACUUGCUGGUGAAUCUUGGUCUGAAAGAAGCUGUUGUUGCUGGUAUUGCUCUCUUCUUUGUAUCUACGUUUAUGUGGAGUGUUCUCAGGAACGUUAGGAAGUCUAUAAGACCAUCUUUGCCUUGAAGGCUUGAAUUGGUUUUAUACUUUUAUUACAUGUUGAAGAAGAGUUCUUCACGUAUUGGUUCUUUUUUAAGUAGUUGACAAUGUUAUGAAGAAUCGAAAUAAAUUUGUUUCGCC